UUCUAAUCACGGUGAUUUAGCAUUUGUUCAGCUCAAGUUAGACAAAAUGGCUCAGGUAAGCAUUACCAGACCCGCUUCACAUUCAGGGUUACCAUCCAUGUUUCCUGAAGUGCAGCACCCUUUGUCAAGGCUGGGCAAUCCUGAAACUAUUUCAGUUCAGGGAGAAUCGAACCUGUCAAAUGGAAGACAAGGUAGUGAAAGAUCUGCUUCUCAGGAAGCUUCAAAUAAUGGAGGUCCAUUGAAAACAAGUCCCAGAAGGCGUGAAUACAUCUCUACUUUGGAAAAUGCGCUUAAAGAGCACAGUAGGGGACAAAUGGACAACUGGAGAAAGCUUGAUCACUGGAUAAAUCUCAAAAAACGGUGGGCCAGUGACCCCAGACUGGUUGAUCAUGAUGUUGAGACAAUUAUCACAAGACCUGGUACACAAAUGAGACUGCAAAUUGAUGAGCUUCAAUAUCUUCUACAUGAAAAGCUUAGAUCUGGUGGAUUCUACAUUCUAAAACAGCUUUUCCAGGCGCAUGACCCUACUGGUAGAGGUCAUGUGACAAGGGAAGUACUACUGACAAUUCUUACUCGAUUUUUGAGAAGAUACAUUGCUGCAAGGCAGUUCUAUCAUCUUUUACUGAGACUUAAACUUAAUGCAAAGUCCAUCAUUACAUUUGAAAACUUUUAUUCACACUUCAAAGAACAAGAACCAAAGGGGUAUCCAGCUUGGAUGGAUCCUGUAAAAAGGCCCCAGGAAAACAAAAGAAUGAGUGCAACACAAGUUCACAUACAAUUGAAAGCAAUGGUUCGGGAAAGACCACUGGAACUGAGAGAUCUUUUUAUAAAAGUGGAUAACGGUAGAAUGCUUCCAGUCACAUUUCAAAAUGUUUUGCAUCAACUAGGAAUUGAAAUGGAACAAGAAGAAUUCAUAAAACUGUUGGAAAGGUAUGACCCAGAUGAUCUUGGAAUCGUUAAAGCUGGCAGUUUAAUGAGGGCUUUGGGUUUCCAAACAACAGGUGAGAACAGAGCAGGAUGGGGAGCAGUUCCAUCAGCACUUGGCAAAUCGACCAGAUUCAGAUUGCCAGAAGAUCAACCAAAAUCCCCUGGAAGAAACCAAACCAAAGCAGGCAUGGAGAGAAAAUUGACAUUGGACAUAGAAAACUGGUUAAAGGAAAAGUUUAGAGAGGGUUUCAAGAGUAUGCUGACUGAUUUUUAUUACUAUGACCAAGACAACUCCGGAAAGGUAUCCAGAGACAACUUCCUAUGUGUCUUGAAAAAAUACAAUCUUCGGCUGCAGGAUGUCCAACUAAAUACUUUCCUUGUGCGUUGUGGACUUCAAGAAGAUGCAGCAACUAUAAACUACAUGGAGUUCCUUCACAAUUUUCAAGAUAGAAGUGGAAACGGAAUACCUCACCGAAUUAUAACUGAUGAAAAUCACAGAUUUAACAAACUCAGAAGCUUUGGUUCUCAAUCCUCAGUCACUGCUUUGGAGGCAAAGCUAAUGGAACUGUUACACAAUGAAUUCCUUUCCCUUUUAGGAAGUUUUCAUAAAAUUGACAAGCAGAAACGAGAUGUAAUCAGCCAACAAGCCUUCUGGACAAUUUUAAAAAACAGAUUUGGCAUUGACAUGUCAGAUGAAGAAAUAAGUUAUCUGAAGAACCGGAUACCACUGGAUGCCCAAGGCAAUGUGAAAUAUCUUGAGUUCAUGUCCAUAUUUGACAGCUGUAAAGGUGCAAAGAGUCUGUUAUGUGACAAGUCUAUGAUGACAAACUUGAGCAAAGAAAAUUCAACAGACAAAGAGUAUGGCUCAGGAAGAACUACAGAUCAGAUCUCAAAUAUUAUACAGGAUCUUGUGAAGAAACAAUAUCAAAUGGUGGAACAAAACUUUAACAAACUUGAUAAAAUGAACACCAGACGAUUUUCUCCUGAGUCAAUGUACCAGCUUUUGAAGCAAUUUGAUAUUCACCCACCAAUCACAAGAGAUGACGUCCGAAAACUAUGGAGCACUUUAAUUACCAGUCAGGAUAACACUUUGGAUUUCUAUGAAUUUGUUCGACAUUUUGGAUUCUCACCUAAAUCAGCUUGUUACCCAAAUGCCAAAAUCCAUCCACCAGUUAAAGGUGACAGUGACUUCCUGAUUCGAUCCAGGAAGUUCAACUGUGACACAGAAAUAAUUGAGGAUAAUCUGCAAGCUAAGGUUAAGCUCUUGCUAGAUGACCUCUGGACAAACUUUCGUGAGUUUGAUCAAUUUAACACGGGCUUUGUUAGCAAAGAGGAGUUCAAAGAUGUUCUUAUGGAUGUAUGCGAGGCACUGAAUGAUCAGGCCUGUGAGAUAAUCGCCAACAGGUUUACCCACAAGAAGAACCGGGUUUCUUAUCUGGAGUUCCUUCAGCCAUUUGAAGAUCGAAGGAGAGCAAUCAGGUUGAACAAUUUAAAAACUCCAAGCCGAAAACAUCAACCAGAGAUCACAAUGUACACAGAAUCCAUGCAUAAAGGUCUGAAUAUGGUCACAGAGAAACUGCGAAGAAAGUUAGCUGGUAAUCGGAAAACACUGGAAAGGGUGUGUAGAAAAUUGGAUUUUACCAGCACUGGAUUUCUCACACUGCCUGAAUUUCGAUCUGUUCUUCGACUCUGUAACAUAGUUUUGGAUGAAGAUGAAAUUUAUCACAUGAUGUCAAAAUAUGAUGAAAACAUGGAAGGCAAAAUUAAGUAUUCAAAUAUUAUCAACAAAAUCUUCAAAGCCCCAUGAAUAUGAUUUGUUUGCCCGCUUUCUGCAAAUCAGAGUGAUUUUUUUUAAAAGUCUUGUACAGUUUGAUUGGAUUUUUAAAUUUAAUAGCUUAUGUAUAAACUGUGACAAUGAAGGCUUAUGACAGUCAUGCAUUUCCAAAUGAUGGUGGACAAUCCCAGACUGCAAGUCUUCACUUAAUUUCAUAAGUAAAUUUAGAGUUUAAGGGAUUUUAGAUUGCAAAGAUGUGUUGUAAAGAAUAUCACGCUGCAUAUCUAGAAAAUUGUGCAAACAUUCAGCAAGUCAGGCACAAUGCCUGGAAAGUGAAGGAGCAAGUUCACAUUUCAAGAUUGGCCUUUCAUUAGAGCUCUAUGGUGAUCCUGACAUCUGAAAGGACAAAACCUUUUGUUGUUAAAAUGAUGGAUGUGAUAAAGGACAAAUCUUCAGGUCAACUCAGAUUUAAAGUGAGGCAGAACUGUUGAAAAGAAAAACUCAAUGGAUACAGAUGGCAGCACAUAGAAUCAUAAAAUGGGUUAUAGCAUAGUAGACUAUUUUGCCAUCAAGAGCAAUUCACUUUGGCCCAUUCCCAAUGGCCAUUCCCUGUCAUUGGCACUUUCUUAGUUCUCAGCUCAAAGGAAGGUCCUCAGUGAUUAUUUGCUGAACCACGGCCAAAUGUCAUGUAGGGCAAGGUGGCAGGUCCUGAGUGUCCCUCAACUGGAACAGAUAUCGAACCCGUGAACCUUAAUCUACAUGCUGGUUCUCUAGCCAAAACUCUACUGGACCCUAAACCCUGUUUCACUGUAAUAUUGCAACUUUUGAAACUUAAGAGUAGGAGAAUGAAUUAUGUGCAUGACAGAGCUGCUCAGGUUUCUCACCUGCUUGAGGUAAUUACUUGUUCAACAUCUCAUGAUAUGCAUUCAACUUUGUGGAUUAUUAGGUUCGUCAAAAGAGUUACAACAUUCAUUUUAACAUAUAUUCAGAUUUAUAGUUCCAAAUGCAAAAUGUGUACUCCUUGCACUGUAACUACCAAAUAUGAAGCCAACAAUGUCUCACAGUUGGCUGGGCUAUAAUGCAGAUCUGUUUGGAGGACAUAUGUUCUAUUUACAGCUAUUUAAAUGAUAUGUAUAAACAGAUUGUAUUUCAUGUCAAGUAACCCAGCAAUAACUUAACUUACAACGUUGAACAACUCAAGUAUAUGUAUGGAGAGAGGUUGUUUGCAGAAGAUUAGAUUAAAUGUGUUCUUACGCCUUUGGGUUUCCAGAUACAAAGUCUACCUCAUGCCUUCCUAUAAUUAACGUAAUAACCCCCAUAAAAUGUAUGGACUUGUGAUCAUGUGUAUUUUGGAGAUUGUUUUCUACUCUUCCUGCCAAAGUUAAAGGAGUUUAACAGGAACUAUCUUGAACAACCUGGCAAUGGUGGCCAUUUAGACCACUUGGGCACAGCUACAGCCAUGAGCUGGUCCUUCAAGCUGCAAGCUACAGCAGGGAUAGCUGAUUCUCUGGGCGGAGGGAGGGUGUUGAAAUCCUAGGAAUAUAGAAGUGUACCCUUGCUCCCCAGCCUCCUCAAAUUUGGAAGGCUGCAAAAACCUUCGUAGAAACCCAAUAGGCUGUUCUUUGAGAGUGUAGGCCACGCUCCCAACCUGGCUAUCAGGUGGGUCCCAUUUGCAGUUAAUCCUUAAUUUCUUGUAAUAAAUGAAGCAUCAAUACUCUUUAUCGUACAACGGGUUGAUGAAAAUAAGACUGAUUUAAUGCCAUAAUUUCAAAUGAAAACAGGAUCCACUUAGUCUAGUACAAUUCAUUGUUGUAAAACUGUUUACUUUGAGAAAUGAACAAUAAACAUGGUAUUUUUCAGCAGGG